AUGGCAUCAAAAGACCACAAGCUGGGCGUCCCCGAGACGGACCAACCACAGCUCCAGGCGGGUGGAGGCACGGCGGCAGCAGCCACCAAGGCACGCGAGGUCGACAGCCUGUCUCCACUCGUCGUCAAGUAUCUCCGUGCCAUGUACGACGAGCUCUCGACGCGAUACAACCUCGCAACGCCAGAAGGUCAGAUCCAGUGGCUGACACGAGAGCAACAAUGCUCGGGAGAGGAUGCACACCUGCUGCACGACGGCUCCUUCUCCCACUUCGCCGACUACUUCCUCUCGGGCUCAGCAAACGUCAUGGGCCCUCCUCCGCCCAUCGACGAGUCGCACCCCAUCUCCAACUACUUCAUCUCCUCCAGUCACAACACGUACCUGACGGGCAACCAGCUGUCGAGCGAGUCGAGCACCGAUGCAUACAAGAACGUGCUGAUGAGAGGCUGCCGCUGCGUCGAGAUCGACGUGUGGGAUGGCGAGCCGCCCUCGAGCUCGAGCUCCGAGGAUGAAGCCGAACGCGUGGGACAGAAAAAGGUCCGCAAGGAGAAGUCAAAGCUAGGCAUCCGCGAGAGGCUGGCCAUCCGACUCCGUGGGAAGUCGGCCGCCAAGCAAGACGAGCCGAACAAGGACGAGGCGCCUGCGUACCACGGAGAGGAGAGGGUCACGCCCUGGAAGUCCGACGUGACGUACAGAGCUGAGCCCAAGGUCUACCACGGCUACACCCUGACGAGCGAGAUGACGUUCCGCGAAGUGUGCGCGACGAUCCGGGACUACGCGUUCGCAGCAUCCAACCUGCCACUCAUCGUCAGUCUGGAGGUCCAUGCCAGCCCGGAGCAGCAGGAGAUCAUGGUCGAGCUCAUGACCGAGUACUGGAGGAACAUGCUAGUCGAUCUUCCUCUCGACCCUUCGCAGACCGCCGAGACCACAAGCCUGCCAACGCUGAAAGAGCUAGAGUGCAAGAUCCUCGUCAAGGUGAAGCGUGGCCACACCAAACCCACAGCCGCUCCAGCAAACCCAACAACGCUCCAAGCGCCGGCUCCAGAGCUGCAAAAGACCACUAGUGCAGACUCGGUGGUAUCUUCGGCAUCAGACGACGAGCUGCCUGACGGCCAGAAGAAGCCACCGAAAACAAAGGUCAUUGAAUCUCUGGCCAGACUUGGUGUCUACUGUGGAGGCUACUCGUACAAGAGCCUGGCCGCACCCGAAGCCAGCAUACCGACCCACGUCUUCUCCCUCUCCGAGAAGACGCUUAUGGAAGUCCACGAGACCGACCCCGAGGCCCUCUUCCACCACAACAAGCACUUCUUCAUGCGCGCCUACCCCAAAGGCCUCCGCAUCAACUCCGGCAACCUCAACCCCUCCGUCUUCUGGCGUGCCGGCGUGCAAAUCGUCGCCCUCAACUGGCAGCGCUGGGACGGCGGCAUGAUGCAGAACGAAGCCAUGUUUGCCGGCACAGGCGGCUGGGUCCUCAAGCCGGAAGGAUACCGCAGCAUCAGCGAGGCCGCUACGCAGAAGCACGCCAUCGCACAUCACAGCCUCGAUCUCAGCAUUGAGUUCCUGGCGGGUCAGAACAUUCCUCUGCCGCCCGAAGAGGACAAGCCAAGUGACUUCAAGCCGUACAUCAAGGUCGAGUUACACGUUGAGAAGUUCGAAGAGCGCGAGGCGCAGCCGAUUCCUGGCGACGGGAGGGGAAGCAAGGCCGAGUACAAGAAGAAAACUCGAACGUACAGGACUACGGAUCCUGACUUUGGGCGGGAAGUCGUCAGCUUCAACGGUGUGUACGGAGUCACGGAAGAGUUGACCUUCGUUAGGAUCAAGGUCAUGGACGACGAGCGGCUCUCCGAUGACCUCGCAGCCUGGGCGUGUUUCCGGCUCGACCGCUUGCAGCCGGGUCUGCGCAUCCUUCAUCUGUACGACAGCAACGGUGUGAUCACAAAGGGCGUACUGCUGGUCAGGAUCGGCAAGACGGUUAGUCGGGCGUGA